AUGACCGCUCAUCAAAUUGUUGCCACCGCAUUGAUCAACGGGCAUUUCCAUUGGUGCAACUUGGAUAUGAGGGAUCAUCGUGGUGCUGCAAAAGCCAAUUCUAAUACUGCCCAGGCCCAAUUGUCUGAUGUAAAGGAAAUGGGUGGAUCGCCACCCUGUUUCAGAAUUGUUUGCGUGGUGCUUAUCCCUGCAGUGUUCCCCAUUGCAAUUGACAAAAACGUUACAAGCAACCCGCUUUUUUCAGUGUUAAAAGCGAAUGACUCCGAGAUGCAAGACAGUAAAUGGUCACCAUCUCAGGAAUCUCUGCCCAGCUAUAUGGCCCUUUCAAAUAGCAACUACUCCUACCGCGAUUCACCAUCGCACGCGCCACCGCCACCACCACCACCACCUCCUCCCUCAGCAACAGCAGCAGCAGCAGCAUCUACUGAUAUGGCUACAGAGUCUUCGAUGCAUGGGUAA